UUUUUUCUAGCCGUUGCCCGUUACUCGUUUUCAUUAUUUUGUGCUUAAAAAAAUUCCAACAUAUUGAUAUAAAUAUUGAUGUCAGUAAAUUUAUAAAAUGGAGCCAAUGACACUGGGAAGCCCACCACAUUCACCAUCGAGCAGCCCCAACGUCGGCUACUUACCGCCGUUUCUUCUAGGUGAAAUAAAUCCACCACCUCUCGGUGGCAUGUCCCCACGCACAAACAGCUUAUCACCCACUAAAGGACGGAACUUAGCAUUCGGGUCAUCCAGCCCUACACAGACCUCGACUCCGGAGCAGAAGCUGUACCGGCCGAGCGUGUCUGUACACCAGCAAGCCAUGUUCAACCAGCAGAACAUGUUUGCUAACAUGCCAACAUCUCCAAACAUGUCAUACUCAAUGAAACAAACUGGACCUCCGAUAGAAGAUUUAUUUGACACCAUCAAAAGCAACGAGCCCUCAAUAAACAAGUCACUGUUCCAGGAGAACAGCUUUCUAGGUGCCAACAACUCUGUGAUGCAAAACUCGUAUGUGAACAAUGUAAAUAAUCAGUCUCUAUCAGCACCCUGGCAGGAUGGUUGUCAGGAGCAAGAUGAAUAUUGGGUGACUGUGUUUGGUUUCCCUCCUAAUGCCGCUAACACUGUUCUAGCGAGAUUUAGUAAUUGUGGAGCUGUUGUUGAUAAGCAGUAUCCAACUCAAGGCAACUGGGCCCAUAUUAGAUAUGCAACUAGGGCAGAAAAGGAGAGGGCGUUGACACUCAAUGGUCGUCAAAUACUGCCAGGGAUAAUGGUUGGUGUGGUCGAGUGCAAAGAACCUCCACGCACCACAAUGUCCAGUCCUACAGCUGUUUCAGAACGACCCAACACGGCCAGAUCACUCUGCCCCACACCAAUCCCAUCAGCACCACUACCACAGAGAUCCAGCGGGAUCAUUUCUAAAGCCCUUGAUUAUGUUUUAGGCUGGUGACAGUUGUUAAAUGAAUAUAAGCUAAAUGAACUUCCAUUACUUUUAAAUAAAAUCCAAUGAUCCUGUGAUUAUGUAAUAUACCGAUUUUCUUACAAAAUGAAAAGGAUAAAGCAAUAAAAACAAUUAUUUAAUUAA